GACGGUUCGACCCCCGGGGGGAGACGGAAGUCACAUCUGCAUCUCGGUGCCGGAGACGACGAGGAUGGGCUGCAACCUGUGCACCUUGCAGAAGCGAGAGGAGCACUACAAACUGCUGUACGAGAUCGCCCAGGUGAACGGUCGAGACUUCUCCAAGACAGAGCGUGAUGGCAGGGUGUCAAACCGGCGGGACCCCAUCGUGGUCCAGGUCAUCCACCGGAGUCCAGUCAGAGGCACGGCAGCUAUUGGUCACAACGAUGAUACGUCGCUGGAGGAGGGAUAUGCGGUGGAUGUGUGUACACAAACGGACAUUACUUUUGAGCACAUCACAGCGUUGGCAAAGCUCAGACCCAUGACUCCGCCGGUCCCAGACAUCUGUCCCUUCCUCUUGUCAGACAGCUGUCACUCUCUCCACACCAUGGAGCACGAGUUCUACGAAUGCCCAGAGUACUGCUCCAACAUCCCAGCUGACCUGGACAGAGCGGACCACUAUGAAUACGAGGAAGUGGAGUUGCACAGACAGAACAAACUGGAUAAGUUAGGACUGACGCUCUGCUACCGGACUGAUGACGAGGAAGACAUUGCCAUCUACGUCAGUCAGGUGGAACCAAACAGCAUCGCAGCAAGAGACGGCCGCAUCAAGGAAGGGGAUCGGAUUUUACAAAUAAACGGCUGUGAAGUGCAGGACAAAGACAACGCUGUGGCCUUGUUGGCGAGUGAAGGAGAAACAAACAUCCUGCUUCUCGUAACGAGACCGGGGCUGCAGAUGGAGGAGGAGGAGGUUUGGCUUGAGGAGGAUCAUCAAGUGAUGGUGGAGGAGCUGAAAAAAGAGAUCCUGGAGGAGCAGAGUGAGCAGAAGAGCUUUGACUAUGAGGAGAGAGAUGAGUAUCGCGAUGAGGAGACUACAGACACGGCCUGCUCUUCCAAGAAUCAAGACAAAGACAGUGGAUUUGGAUGCAGCUCUGACAGGCCGGAGCGCCACCCUUUACUGGACCAGCUCUGCAGAAAGAGUCCAGCUCAGUGUCUGAGGGACCAAUGGCGGGCGAAUCAUCCACAUACCCGACAGGGCCAGCCAGGUCCGAAGACCAAAGGCCAGUGCCAUGAAGGGGUGGUCAGUGUACGUAAAGGUGGUCGGGGGAUUUUUGGAUUAGAAAACCACUUCCAGAAACUUUUAGAGCUCAAGUGUCAAAUUAGGAAAGGAGGCGAGUGCGGGGUGUACUCUAUCCGCCACAGUAUCGAGUGCAGCCUGACGGAACAGGGGGGAGGCGAAGGACGCAGUGGUGAGGACGCAGAAAAGGGGGGAGAGAUUGAGAACGAGCUAAGGAUGUUGAAUGAGGAGCUGCGUAGCAUUGAGCUUGAGUGCCAAAGUAUCAUGGAGGCCCACAACCUCCGCCAGAGUCAGCAGCUUGAAGCCUCGCAGUCACCUGGGCGAAGGUCAAAGGACAGACGGUGUGGCGGGUUGGCGGACAUCCACGAGCACCCCGAGAGAUUGGACAGUGACAAGAUCCCAGACAAGGACAGCUCAAGUGCCUACAACACGGCAGAGAGUGCGCGGUCUACACCACUAGGCGUGGAGAGAUCUCAGGAUAUUUCCCUGAGAAACCACAUCAGUCUCACUAACCAGAAGAACCUGAGAGAUGUCACUCCUGCGCGCUCAAGUCCUAUCCCUAUUCCAGAACCCCUAGGCCCGCCCAGCCGGGCUAAACCACCAGACCAAUGUAGUGUUUUCUCAAGCAGCCCUGACCAAAGCAACCCUUCCCGGUCCGAAUCGGACCCGGCUUUGCCAGCAGAUGAUGAGCGCUGCGAGAAAAAAGGGAGGAGCAGAGGUUCAAGGAGGGCACUGACUUUUGGUUCCUACCAAACAACACCUUACCAUGGCCCAGCACAUUCCCAGCAGCUUCAGAGCUACAUGCAACUCCUCCAGCAGCACUCCUCUCUCGAGUAUUCCCAGAGCCAGGUGAGUCUCCUGAGUGUGUGCCGGGAUCCUUUGCACCACAGUGGGCGCUCUGGGGAGCCCCGUUUGGAGUGGAAGGUCAAAGUGCGGGCUGACGGUACUCGAUAUGUGGCUCGGAGACCGGCGCGGGAUCGGAUCCUGAAGGAAAGAGCUCUGAGAAUCAGAGAAGAGCGCAGCGGGGGCAUGACUACUGACGAUGACGCCAUGAGUGAGAUGAAGAUGGGUCGCUACUGGAGCAAGGAGGAGAGGAAGCAGCACUUGGCCCGAGCCAGGGAGCAGCGAAAAAGAAGGGAGUUCAUGCAGAGGAGCCGCUUGGACUGUCUGAAGGAGGGGCCGCAAAGCGGAGCGGAGGGACGGAAGGAGAUAAAUAUUUUGGAGCUCAGUCACAAGAAGAUGAUGAAGAAACGUAACAAGAAGAUUCUUGACAACUGGUUGACCAUCCAGGAGCUGAUGAGUCAUGGAGCCAGAGUCCCUGAGGGCUCCAAAGUCCACAAUGCCUUCCUGUCGGUCACAACGGUCUGAGGGAAGUCUCAGCUCAGGGCCUCACUUCUGGACGUCACCACUGAAGAUGGACCAGUGGUCCUGGGAUGCUGAUUUUGUCUUUACUGUGUAUGUGCAACACACCAAAUUCAGUUUUCAAAUGGCGCGACUUUGCUUCACUUUUUUCAGGUUUUUUAUACGGCAAAGGAAAUAUUUUUCUCUUUGUAAUUGUGACUUUUUUGUAUGAACCUUUUUACACUGAACGUCUGAUUGUGAUUAUUUAAGUAGAUUCCUACACAAUUGUAGACUUGGCCAUGUUAUGUUGUUAUGGGAGAAAUGGCUUCAUUGUCCAAUUCUUUAUUAAGGAGUAGCCUGUAACUAACAGACUUUCAUCCCUGGGUCUGUUCUGUUACCUUCUCUUAGUUGGGGUGCUGUCUCCAGGUACCACCAUUAUGACCACCAUUAACACAGCAGUAUGGAGUGCAAUGCUACAGCAUUAUUUAUUAUCAAGAACUUGCUUCUUCUUUCUCUAGUGGACAGCGAUAACAGCUGUUCCUCAAAUUAAAUGUGAUGUAAUGACACAUAUUUAAAAAAAAUGCUUCUGUCCAUAUAAUUAUGGUUUUGCUACUUUUUUUUAAUUUAUUCUGUUUUGACAAUGUGUUUUAAAUUUGUUCACAAAAUGUGACCUCAGAACAUGCUGCCUUUCCAGAAGCCAUCCGGUCAGUGUUGCUGUAUGUUUGUUUGGGGAAUAAAAACAGAUGGAAAGUACGUCUUCCU